AUUGAGUAGAAAUUUUGAUCGGUUGUGGACUCGGAUUGAAUUCGUUUGUUGACAGCGUCGGGAACAGCAAACCAGUCUCCAAUUUCCUUCCGACGCCUAGAAAUCUAAGGGGCGCAGUUAUUUGGCUGCUGCUUUCGAAAACCGGGGCACUCCGGCCCAGCCAAUAUCGCCGCAGUCUACAGCGUGUCCUACCUUCGCAACCUUGGCCAAGAUGCAAAGAAGUCUGGCAUACCGACUCCCAACGAGGACCAUCACUCGUUCUAUUCUCACUCAGAAACAUAACACGCCCUUACCACCAUGGAGGAGAGGCUUUGCCAACGAGAUCGGGCAAGAGCCGACCUCAGAGUCGGCCACUCCCGAAGCCCAGACGACGCCCAGUCCUAAACAGACAGGUUCCGGCGUCGGGCAGCUCUCCAAGAUGGCAGAAACCUUAUCAAAAGUUGGAGCCGAAAGCACGCCUAAGAUUGCCACAGAAGCUCUGAAUCCUCACAGGCACAGGCAAACCGUUAGCGAAGAUGCCGAAAAAUCUACGGGAAAGGUGGUAGACAGUGAAGAGCCAUAUCACUUCCACAUAUACAGCCACAAACAUAACACACAUGUAACUGUGACGGACCCGAAUCGCGACGCCAUCGUGUCUCUGUCUACCGGGAACCUCGGUUUCAAGAAGUCCGGCCGCAAACAUUACGACUCGGCGUAUCAGCUCGGAGCUUUGGUCAUUGACAAGCUGCAAGAAAAGGGGUUGCACAACAAGAUCAACAAGCUGGAGGUUGUCUUACGAGGAUUUGGUGCUGGGCGAGAGGCUGUGACCAAGGUUCUCAUGGGCAACGAAGGGAGGCUGUUCCGCCCCAAGAUUGUUAGUGUCGCCGACUCAACGAGGCUCAAGUUUGGAGGUACGAGGAGUAAGAAGCCAAGACGUUUGGGAUAAGAAAGAAAGGAUGGAGCAACAUCAAACAUUAUCCCACCGCAUCCGGGGUUUGUUUGGUUUCCUUUUUUAUCUUUCUUUUUGUUUUGGUGUACUAUAUUUGAAUUUUCCCCUGUACUAUUUACAUGUAACCCUGUCAAAAUAUAUAUUCAGGAGUUGCCAUAUUAGCCUUUCGUACCUACCUACAUACCUAGGCAGGUACUCGCCACUAACAGCAUACCUUUCAAAUAAUUGCAUGCACAGUUGCCUCAUGGGAAAUCAAUCUGGCUUGCUCCUUGAC